AUGAGCGGGCGCGACAGUGGCGUGGCGCGGAAUGCCCCGGGCGGCGGGGCGCUUAUUUGGGGGGUGGGGACGGAAAACGAGGCCGUCGAGCCGCAGCUCCCGCGCGGCCCGUCGCACGGCGCCGUGAAGGAGGCGGAGGCGGAGGCUGGUCGGCCGUCCCGCGGCGCCUCGGGCGGGGCCGAGGUGGACCAGGAGGUGGCGCUCACGAACCCCGCGCCCUCGCUGCGUGCAAGGGCGCUAAACGGGGCGGUCUCGAGCCCCCACAGCGGCAGUGGCGGGUGGGGCAGCCUCGCCGAGCUUCCCAUGAGUCGCGCGGCGACAAGGGCCUCCUUGCAGGGCUCGGAGCAGCGGGUGGAGGCCUCCGCUGGCGGCACCGUCGACGGCGACGACGCGCUGUCGCCGGGGCUGUUUGACCAGCAACUGCGAGAGUCACUCGGGACGAACGUGCGUGAAGGCGACCGCCCGCACACGCCGCAUCAUGUACAGCAGGCGAUCUCCGCUCAGGAGCGUGCCGCCCGCCAGCGGAUACAAGACGACUUCCGCACCCAGCUGCACGCCCUGUACGACGUGAUGGUGAACGAGGAGGACGUUUUAUUAGACGACGAAAUACGCGAAAUCGAAAUUCAGGAGUUGCGUGAAGAGGCCGAUGAACGAGAAAGGGAAAGAGAACGCCGUUUGAGAGAGGGCCUGGGCGACGACGACGCGAACAGAUUCCCGUGUACGGUGGCGGCAAGACCCUUUGAGGAGGGCACGGAGGACUCCGACGAGGAGGAGGAGGAGGCGGAGGUGCGAGGCCCCGUGUCGCCGUCCGAGGCGGCCGGCAUGGCCGCCACCACCCCCGGCCCCCUCAAGGCAGAGCCCCUGAAUGAGGAGGAAGAGCGGGCGCUCGACAGCAUCGGCGACGACGUAAUUUACCCCGAGGAUGACCCGGGCGUCGUGCUGGAGAAGCUGCAGCGCAAGUACAGGUCUUUUAUGCCUCGCGCUGAGGCUGCGCCGGGGAACUCGGAGGCGUCAACGCCCCCUCACUUCGCGGCGUUUGCAGUCAGCGAGGAUACUCUCGGCGACGCGGAAGCGGAAGCGGAAGCGGAAGACGCGAAGGACGAAGAGGAGGAGGAGGAGGAGGAAGCGCUGCCUCUGCAGCCGAAACUGGUUGCGGGGGGCUGCAGGCGGGGGUUAGGAAAUGUCCGCCUCUUCUCUCCGCAGGCGUGGGGGCACGAGCAGGGUGAGCGCGAGUGGCCGCAGGGGCGAUUUUCGCUUCGCCUCAGUGAAAGUAGCACCGCCACCAGCAGCCUCACCGACGACCCGAACCUGUCGCCCCUGCCGGUGGAAGUCAUUCCGCGAAACUUCACCCGCGCGGUGGCCGCCGUUCGCCGCGGCACCCUGGAGGCCACGGAAAGCCUCCCCUCCCGCGAGGAGGAGGAUGAGGAGGGGCCGCUCGACGCCCACCUUCUCUACUCCCUCCCCCGCUCCCACGCGGGGCCGGAGAGCAUGCUCGUGAAUCGGGCGGAGGAGCUGGCAGGCUCCGUUGCCUCCACCGACGAAGAGGGGACGGAAGCAGCGCCGCUUGAGGCCUCUGCACAGCCGCGGCAGAGCCGGCGGCACGGCAAGCCGCAGCGCCGCGAGGAGUACACGGCGGCCGCCGAGCGGUCCGAAGCGUCGUCCGAGGAAGAGCCGGAGGCGCCACUCACCGGCUUGGCCUUGCCGUCGCAGCGGCGGGCAACCACCCACCGCCAGUCCGCACACGAGUUUAUUGCAACGACCGGUGCGACCGAGGAGACCACCGACGAGGAGGACAAGGCACCGCUGCAAAGCAUGCUCUCGCCCAAACCCCCAAGACACGGCCAACCCUCGGCGAUGCGCAUCUUGCCUGAAAGGGGAAGCGCCGCCAGCUCUGGGGAGGAAAGUGGCCACGAGCACGGACCGCUAGAGCCCACAGUUGUAAGAACCGCCGGAAUUCGCAGUGGCGCUGAAAAAGUGACGCGCCAAGAGAGCGUGAUGCAGCAACUCUCGCUUGACAGCAGCAUCGAUGAGGCGGCGGCGCUACAGGCUUCCGCGAUUCCUCCCAUCACUUACCACCGGGCGGCGGCGCCAACCAAACAGUAUCAGAACUUCUCGGAGGCCUCCGGUCAGCCCUCACCCGCGCAGUCCGCGGAGUCACCGACAAGAGACAUCGCGCAACCUAGUCGCUGCACAUACAGCCUCUACAACGCAGCUGAGCCAUCCUUUGAGUUCGAAGGUGACACAAACCCAUCCAUCAGCAUUCACGACGGGGUUGAAAGCAUCAUGGCGGAGGAACCGUGUCUCAGCUCAACCUCGAAAGAGGCACACCUCAGCCAAGCACCCUCGGCAGUGGAAAUCACAAGCAUCUGUGCAGAGGGGAAAGCCAUUUCAAGCGUCCAAACAAGACAACCUACAACACGCGAAUCCAUCGCAUCUGAAGAACAGCACGAAAUACCACUCAUCACAAAGGAAGUGGAAAGGCAACUAACAACUGAAAUAGCAGAGCCACCAUCAAAAUACGCUGUACAUUCAGACAUAUAUCAAAACAAACCACCCGUGCUAGUUCAGCUUCAUCCGUCACAACUAGCAAAGCGAGAAACACUGGAGUCACAAUUACGCGAAGAAGCCGCUCUGUCCGAGGACGCGGCGCCAGAGGCCGGCAUAGCGAAGCAGCGUGAGCACGAGGUGGGGACCGCCCCGGAAGCGGUGGAGCCACUGGAGGCCGCUCUGUCCGAGGAGGGGAAGGCGAGCCCGUUGAUAUGGUCCAGCGACUCCAGCGCAGCCUGGUGCCCCGUGGAGGACAGGACGCGAUGGCGGAAGCGGCCGCUCUGUCCGAGGACGCGGCGCCAGCGGCCGGCAUAG